UAUGAACUCUGGCUUUAGCUGUUAAGCCGGAGGAGAAGGAUUAGACGCCGCCAAGAGGUUGAAGCAACAAUGGUGUCUGGCUCAGGGAUAUGCGCAAAGCGCGUGGUGGUCGACGCGCGACACCACAUGCUCGGACGCUUGGCGUCGAUCGUGGCCAAGGAGCUGCUCAAUGGUCAGAAGGUGGUGGUCGUCCGGUGCGAGGAGAUCUGUCUCUCCGGCGGACUUGUCCGGCAGAAGAUGAAGUACAUGCGUUUUCUCCGCAAGCGCAUGAACACAAAGCCCUCGCACGGUCCCAUCCACUUCCGUGCUCCGUCCAAGAUCUUCUGGCGAACUGUCCGUGGUAUGAUUCCCCACAAGACAAAGCGUGGAGCUGCUGCGCUUGCCCGCUUGAAGGUGUUUGAAGGUGUCCCUCCCCCAUAUGACAAAUUGAAGAGGAUGGUCAUCCCAGACGCUCUCAAGGUCUUGAGGCUUCAAGCUGGGCACAAAUACUGCCUGUUGGGUCAUCUUUCCUCUGAGGUUGGGUGGAAUCACUAUGACACCAUCAAGGAAUUGGAGAAAAAGAGAAAGGAGAAGUCUCAAGCGGUGUAUGAGAGGAAGAAGCAGCUCAACAAGCUCAGGGCCAAAGCAGAGAAGACGGCCGAGGAGAAGCUUGGCUCUCAACUCGAUGUCCUCGCUCCCGUCAAGUACUGAAAGAGAAAGCUACUCUUGUGUUUCUUUAUUCAGUAGAUUGUGUUUUUGCUUAUGUUUCAUGAAAUUUUGCUAUACCAGAUUUUGUAUGGGACUCCAAUGCUUGUCCAAUUUCUGCCGCCUUUGUGGAACCAAGUCUAUGAAUUUCUUAUCGGAAUUUUCUUGCUUCUC